ACCAGCAGAAGAAGAAGCGGCGCCUUCAGCCACAACCCUCCCCGGUUUCAGACCAAAAUAGACAGUUGGGGGCUGAGCAGCUGAUAUUUACCAGAAAUGGCUGCGACCGGAGUUCUUCCCUUUAUACGAGGGGUAGACCUCAGUGGAAACGACUUCAAAGGUGGGAACUUCCCAGAGCAUGUCAAAUGUAUGAGCAGCCUGCGAUGGCUGAAGCUCAACAGGACAGGACUGUGUUACCUCCCAGAGGAGCUGGCCUCUCUGCAGAAGCUGGAGCAUAUUUCAGUGAGUCACAACAGCCUGUCCACCUUAUAUGGGGAACUGCGCAACUUACCGAACCUACGGGCACUGGUAGCCAGAGCCAACAACCUGAAGAACUCUGGAGUCCCUGAUGACAUUUUUCAGCUUGACGACCUUUCUGUGCUGGACCUGAGCUACAAUCAGCUGACAGAGAUCCCCAGGGACCUGGAGAACAGCCGGAACAUGUUGGUGCUGAAUCUGAGCCACAACAGCAUUGAUUCCAUCCCCAACCAGCUGUUUAUCAAUCUGACAGACCUGCUGUAUCUGGACCUAAGCGACAACAAGCUUGACAGCUUGCCACCCCAGAUGAGACGCCUUGUGCACCUGCAGACUCUGAUUCUCAACAAUAACCCGCUGAUGCAUGCUCAGUUGCGACAGCUGCCAGCCAUGGUGGCACUAACGACUCUCCACCUGAGGAACACCCAGAGGACCCAGAGCAACAUGCCCACUAGCCUAGAGGGACUCUCACAUUUAGCAGAUGUUGAUCUUUCAUGCAACGACCUGACUCGGGUGCCAGAGUGUCUCUACUCACUGGGCAGUUUGAAGAGACUCAACCUUAGCAGUAAUCAGAUCACCGAACUCUCCCUCUGCAUUGACCAGUGGACCCAGCUCGAGACGCUCAACCUGAGCCGCAAUCAGCUGACUUCACUGCCUUCUGCCAUCUGUAAACUGUCGAAACUGAAGAAACUGUAUGUGAAUUCCAACAAACUGGACUUUGAUGGAGUUCCACCCGGAGUAGGCAAACUGUCCAACCUCAUGGAGUUCAUGGCCGCUAACAACAACCUGGAACUCAUCCCUGAAGGACUCUGCAGAUGUGGAAAGCUGAAAAAGUUAGUGCUGAAUAAAAACCGCCUGGUGACGCUGCCUGAGGCCAUUCAUUUCCUGACAGAUUUGGAGGUUCUUGAUGUGCGUGAGAACCCAAACCUGGUCAUGCCUCCUAAGCGUGACAGAGCUGCAGAGUGGUACAACAUCGACUUCUCUCUGCAGAAACCAGCUCCGCUGGCCGGGGCCUCACCCGCCACUGUAGCUGCUGCUGGAGGAGGAGCUAGCCCACGAGAUCACCUGGCGAGAAAGAUGAGGCUGAGGAGGCGGAAGGACUGUACUCAGGAUGAUCAGGCAAAGCAGGUGCUGAAGGGCAUGAGUGAUGUUGCACAGGAAAAAAAGAACAUGGAGGAGAAUGGGGAUUUGAAAUAUGGAGAUUUAAAAAUCCGAAAGUGGGACAAGAGUCUAGAGAAGCCUCAACUUGACUACUCUGAGUUCUUUUUGGAGGACGCGGGGCAGGUUGCAGGUGUAACAGUGUGGCAGAUCGAAAACUUCAUUCCCAUGCAGGUGGAUGAAACCUUCCAUGGCAAGUUCUAUGAGGCUGACUGCUACAUCGUUCUCAAGACCUUUCUGGAUGAUAACGGCGCUCUGAACUGGCAGAUCUAUUACUGGAUUGGUCAGGAGGCCACGCUGGACAAGAAGGCUGGCUCUGCCAUUCACGCCGUCAACCUGAGGAACUUCCUUGGAGCAGAGUGUCGGACAAUACGGGAAGAGAUGGGCGAUGAGAGCGAGGAGUUCAGUGCUGUUUUCAACAAUGAAAUCUCGUACAUUGAGGGAGGAACAGCCAGUGGGUUUUACACAGUGGAGGACACACACUAUUCUGUCAGGUUGUAUAGAGUUUAUGGCAAAAAAAACAUCAGACUGGAGUCUGUACCGGCGAAGGCCUGCUCCCUCGACCCUCGCUACGUCUUCUUGUUGGACACAGGACUGGAAAUCUUUGUCUGGAGAGGGGCCAACGCUACGCUCAGCGGCACCACAAAGGCUCGGUUAUUUGCAGAAAAGAUUAAUAAGAAUGAACGUAAGGGGAAGGCUGAGAUUACAACCCUCAUGCAGAACCAGGAGCCUCCAGAAUUCUGGGAGGUACUGGGAGGACAACCGGAGGAGAUCAAGAAGCAUGUACCAGAUGACUUCUCCCCCAUCAGACCUAAACUGUACAAGGUGGGCUUGGGCCUGGGCUACCUGGAGCUGCCUCAAAUCAACUACAAGCUGUCCGUGGAGCACAAAGACCAUAAGGUCAAACUGGACACUUUGCCAGAGCUCAGACUGCUGCAGUCUCUGCUGGACACAAAGGGUGUGUACGUCCUGGACUGUUGGUCUGACGUCUUCAUCUGGAUUGGGAGGAAGUCUCCGCGUCUUGUCAGAGCCGCUGCCUUAAAACUGGGCCAGGAGAUCUGCUCCAUGCUGCACCGGCCCAAACACGCAUGCGUGACCCGCAACCUGGAGGGCACAGAGUGCCAGGUGUUUAAGUCCAAGUUUAAGAACUGGGAUGACGUGUUGAAGGUGGACUACACCAGAGCAGCUGAGACUGUACAGCAGACCGACAGUCUACAGGGCAAGGUCAAGAAGGACGCAGAGCAAAAGGACCAGAUGAAAGCUGACCUCACAGCUCUGUUUCUGGCCAGGCAGCCAGCCAUGCCGCUCACCGAGGCUGAGCAGCUGAUGGAGGAGUGGAAUGAGGACCUGGAUGGUAUGGAAGGAUUCGUGCUGGAGGGAAAGAAGUUCGCUCGUCUGCCAGAGGAGGAGUUUGGCCACUUCUUCACACAGGACUGCUAUGUUUUCCUCUGCAGAUACUGGGAGCCUGUUGAAUAUGAGGAUGAGGAGGACAAGGUGAAGGAGAAGAAGCAAGGCAACGGUGGUCAUCCUCCAGGAGACGAGGACGAGGAGGACAAACAGCCAGAGGAGGACUUCCAGUGUGUGGUGUACUUCUGGCAGGGCAGGCAGGCCUCCAACAUGGGCUGGCUCACCUUCACCUUCUCCCUGCAGAAGAAGUUUGAAAGUCUCUUUCCCGGAAAACUGAAGGUGGUGCGUAUGACCCAGCAGCAGGAGAACCUCAAGUUCCUGUCUCAUUUCAAGAGGAAGUUCAUCAUUCAUAAAGGGAAGAGGAAACAGAACACAGACUCUGCCCAGCCCUCGCUCUACCAUAUACGCACCAACGGCAGCGCGCUCUGCACCAGGACCAUCCAGAUUGGAACAGACUCGAGCAACCUCAACUCAGAGUUCUGCUUCAUACUCAAGGUACCAUUCGAGAGCACAGACAAUCAGGGCAUUGUUUACACCUGGGUAGGCAGAGCUGCUGACCCGGACGAAGCCAAACUGGCCGAGGACGUCAUGAAUAGUAUGUUUGAUGACACGUACAGCAAACAGGUGAUUAAUGAAGGGGAGGAGCCAGAGAACUUUUUCUGGGUGGGGAUCGGAUCUCAGAAGCCGUACGAUGAAGACGCAGACUACAUGAAACACGCUCGCCUCUUCAGAUGUUCGAAUGAGAAGGGUUAUUUCUCUGUGUCAGAGAAGUGCUCAGACUUCUGUCAGGACGACUUGGCUGAUGAUGACAUCAUGUUGCUGGACAAUGGAAAAGAGGUAUACAUGUGGGUCGGGACUCAGACCAGCCAGGUGGAGAUCAAGCUUAGUCUCAAAGCCUGCCAGGUGUACAUUCAGCACAUGCGCUCAAAGGAAGCAGAGCAGCCUCGGAAGCUGCGGCUGGUGCGGAAGGGAAACGAGCCCCACUGCUUCACACGCUGCUUCCACGCAUGGGGAGACUUUAAAACUCCCCCCUCAUAGACAAACACUUUACAAAUCACCAAUUUAUAUGCAAAUCAAUGAGACGAUUAUGUCUAUGCGUAACCCAGCCUUACAUGAGCUCUGGCCCUCCUUCCUGCUCAGCACAGACAAGUCAGCUUACAAAGUGAAAUCUGGACACAUCUUAGAUUAGGUCACAUUUCUGCCUUUGGAUCAAAGAGUAAAAUGUCACCUUAUGUCCAAGCCUUUUUUUUUUCCUUUUGUUGAAUGAAAUAUGCUUUGAAAUGAAAUAAUUCUGAGUCGUAUCAUGGCUUUAAAGAUAUCCAAAGGGAGCUCAGACCCUGACAUAUCCAUGAGUUUGGCUGCUUGUGUUGUAGUUUUCUGUGGUGGAGAACUACGACUACACUUCUCCGCGUUUAGUGCCAUUUUGCGCAGCUCACUUGAAGCAGUUGAAAGCAGACAUUACACUUUGUUUUCUAUUGUUGGGGGAUUCAAAUAAGUGGCACUAAUAGAUUUUCUGAGGAAUGUUAGUUCAUAUAUUUUUCGGUUGUGGACUCGACGCUGUGUUUUUACCCCCUUUCGCUUUUCUCUCCUUUGAAAAUCUCUCCUUUCCUUACAGUCUGUUCAGCGUCUGCUCUCAUUUCUCCCACGUGUCCACUGAUCAGACCGUUGAAAGACAAGUCAUUCAUGUCAAGUUGCUUUAAAUUGAAAUUUUGUUUUGUUUGAUUAUUUAGUCAAAUUUAUUUGGCCAAAGAUUUGAGAUGAUCUGGGACGUUGAAGCGUGAGACAGAUGCUUGUUUAUAGUUUAAAGGGCGAAGGUUUAAAUGUGCAAUCAGUAGAGUCCAGGAGAUACAGAGACCACACUGGUCCGCUGUUACAGCCCGUCAAAAUGUCUUGUGUUGUUUUUUUGUUUGUAUCUUCUUGGAGCUUCUAAGUUCUUCUUUUUUGCAUAAUCAUUUUUGAAAAAGCAAAUGCAUGUUUAAUUUUCAGAACUAAUUAUUUUAAAGGUGGAGUUAGACGUCGUUCUUAACAUGUUUUCUUUUUCAAAUGUGUUUAUUUUGGAAGAAGACUCUUAUCGGCCCGAUUUAAUGGGAAAGAAAGCUUGUGCAGCACAGAGACAUAUUUUAAUAUACAUUGACUUCUGCUUUCACUGAUCUCAGAUCAGUGGUGAGCUGAACAAUGCCUGCUUGCACUGGUCUGAGCACGAUAUCUGUGUUCCCUGAUGGCUGCAACCUCUGCAUUGUGUUUCUCUUUUCUGUCUUUGGGGGAACUCGUAUGGCUGUUGGUGACUUGCAAUCGUACACGUGUUUGUGUAUAUGAAUAUGUGCACAUGCUCAAGAUGUCACCUGCAGAUGCUUUAUUUAUGUAUUUUAUAUAAAAAUAAAACCUCACUUUCA